AUGGCAAAAGAAAGAAGUCCAAUUAAGGUUCCAUCUGAAAAUGAAGACUUACCUAAUACAGAGAAUGCUCCAGGUUUUGAUGACGACACUUUACGAGGUGAGCUUGGUUCAACUUUGGCUUCAGUCACUGUUAAAACGUUUUCUAUUCCACCAGUUUCAAGAAUGUAAGCAGAUGUGGAGAAUGAUGUUAAUACACUGCAUGACCACUUUAGAGGAUAUUUGGCCAGUCAUGACUCUCUUUUAUGAUUACAAUAUGCUGUUCAUUGACUGAGAGGAUCUAUGACAUAUUUGUUAUUUUCUUUUCUCAAAGUUCAAAGCAAGUACACAAAGUUAUAAGAAGUAAAGACUUUAUUUGAUCAUCAUAUAACAUUCAUUUCGUAAGUUUGCAUCAUAAGUACCAUCAUCAUCAUCACCAUCUUUCCAUUAUAUUAUGCAACAUUAAAUUGAAAGUUUCAACUUCCCCUAAGCAACCAAUUUCCAGUAGAGUGCAAGUGUUAUAUCAUUGAAUAUGGAGGUGUUUAACCCUUGACACCCUAACAUCAGUAUCCAUAUUCUCCAUACUAUUCUUUGUACGUUUCUUGUGGUACUGAAAAAGAGAAUUGGUUUGAAGAUCAAUGCUUCUUAGGUUGGUGAUCAUUUCCUUUAUUCUCAUGAGCUUAGUGAAUGAUUCAGCAGUAUUACUGUAAGGAGAAGUGAGAUGCUGGUCACUCUUAGGGUUUAAAGAGUUUAAAGGUAGAUAGUGAACUUUCACUAACAAAUGGCUCAGAAGAAAAAAGUCUACAAGGUCUAGGUUUUAAAGUUUGGUCAAUUAGUUGAAAGUCAGGUUGCUUAUUAUUAUUAUUAUUAUUAUUUAUUAUUAUUUUUUUUUGGCCUAAAGAUUGUGUGGGGCAUUUAAACACAUUAUUAAUUUUGCCUGUGGAAUAGGAAUUUUAGGAAACCAAAAGUUUAAAUGCCUAAGGGUUUGCUUCUAAUUGAGUGACGCUUAAUUCUCAUCAUUGUUAUUACCACUGUUGUCAACCAAAUUAUUAACAUCAUUAUUAAAUAUUAAUCUCAUCUUCUUUAUCAUUAUUCUUAUGAUUUAUAUAAUAACUGUUAGUUAUAUAAUAACUGUUGAAGGGGGGAGGGGGGGACUGCACACAUCCUCCAAGCUUUUCAGGGGAUGGGUAGAGUCAGGCAGGUGCAAAAGUGGUAGCUGGCACUAAAGGAAAAAUCUACAGAUUUUAAAUCUCCAGAUCUUGGCAGCUCUGCUUAUGCACUAAUUAACUACAACCACAGCUAAUUAUUAACUACAACCACAGACUUUGACACAAAUUAUUUUUUAUUUUUUCUUUGCAGCCGCAGCUGAUGUUUAUAGGAAUGAGGGUAAUGAGGCCUUCAAGAAAGGAGAUUUCAUCAAUGCUAUUCAUUUUUACACCAAAGGAAUUAAUAUGAACUGCAACGAGAAAGAACUGAAGGCCAAACUACACAACAACAGGGCUAUUGCACAUUCUAAACUUGGUAAGAUGAUGAGAGCUUUUCUAUUUUGAAGCUAUUGAGUUGUCAGUGGUAGUUUUCUGAAAACGGUGAUAAUUUUUAAUGCAUGCCUGGAAAAAUUUACAUCUUAUCUUGGCCUCUCAAAUAUACAAAGAAGUAACCUCUUACCCCAGAUAUCAAUGAGCAUCACAAGUUUUUCCCAAAAUUAUAGUAAUGGUAGUUGGUUUGCAACAUGUAUGGCUAAUCAGAGAUGUUUAUUUCUGCAAUAACAGGAAAUCACCAGGAUUCACUAAGGGAUGCAGAAGCAGCCAUUGAGUUAGAUCCAACUUUCCUUAAGGCAAUUGUGAGAGGUUAGAUAUGUUAGCUGUACUAUAAUAAUAAUAAUAAAAAUAACUCAACACUCUAAGGUUAAAUGAGGUUAAAUGGAGUUCAAUCUUGUCUCAAUUGACUUUAAUUAAGAGGUCAAGACCACCCUGAUGUACAUUUGAAUCCAGCUCCUGACUGUUACGCCAUUACUUCCAUUAAUCAUGAUGAGAAGAUUAUUUUGAACGGGAUGAAGAACUAAAUGCGGAAUGCAAAGCAAAAUUUCAGCAUAAAUAUUUUAGUUCCUUAAGUUCAAUGAGUCACAGGUGUCAGAUAUGUUAAGAGCGUGUCGACGAGAGCACCGGGCAGUCGUGCUACAUGCCAUCUCACCGAUUUCAAUGAAACUUUGUCAGUUUAAAGGGUCUACCCCAAAACUAAAAAAGACAAACUGGUUUCUGUUUUGGUUUUUUUCCGGGGGGAGAUAGACCACCCCCCCUCGUUUUUUCUUGGUUUUCACUAAGGAAAUCGCUUCAAAUAGGUAAAGUGUAUGAAGCUCUCACUGCGAUGGUGUUCAACCGAUUACUUUGAAGAUUUGCACACAUAUUUUUACAUCCUUAGUUAAUGUCUGCUGCGAGUAUCAGUCAGUUUGAUCGACGGCUUGUCAAUCAACAGAGGCAAAUAUACGACUGUGUUUUUAGACUUUUCGAUUCAUCCAAAUAUUUGACAACUUUGAGGUCAAAUAUCUCCCGUUGCCAGAAAGCUACAACACUAAUCUUAAUUACCCUUUAUAACCCAUCAUUUCAUCUCUGAAAAUCAUCACUCUUUGGGCACUACCGUAUUUUUGUCUUGGAUACCUUUUAAAAUCUGCGACUGUGACAAGUUUCUCUCAACUACACCUGUCACGCAAUUCUUGCUCUAGGCGGUCACUUGACAAAAUAAACCUAUAUUUUUUAGCUCUUUAUACAAGAUGAUUGAUCAAGAAAGGUGAAAAAUGUGAAAAACUUUCGAGAAAAACUUUCGAGAUGCAUGUAGACGAAAAAUCAAUGGGAAAAUCGUAGCGUUUCUUUCUUCAGUCGUUUAUUACUUUUAAGAUUUGCUAAAAUCAGCAGAUAUGGCUUUUGUACGACACAAAACAUUCAUUACCCUAUAAUUUGAUUUUUUAUCAUCAUCAUUGCUCAUUUUAGGAGAUUUUAAAGUCGCAUGCUGCGUGUUGGUUGAUAUUCCUACAUGUUCCAGUGUGCUACAACUUCGGCUUUUACUAACGAGAAAUUCUGCGCUCUCGCUCGAGAGCAAAUAUCAAUAGUUCUAUCGGACUAAGAACUGUGCUUCUAUCCCGAAAAUAAAAUUCAAAUAGUGUUGUCGUUGCCACUUACCGUCAUCGAACAUUUCCAUGCAGAACUCCCCUAAGCUAACAUCUGUUGUGUGACCCGAAGACUCUCCGUAGGAAUUAUUCAAGCGCGUUGAUCAUGCUGUCUGCUACAUAACAAUUUCAGAAUAAUCUGCAGAUCUCUAUGAUUAUUUACCUGCUUCGAUCGUAAAAUAUCUGCAUAUUUUUUUCAAGCAUUCUAUUACUACUAGAAAUCUACAUCUCUCUAGAUCGAGUGUUGCCGGCGUUUAAUUGCGUGACUUGUAAAAUUUUAAAAUAAGAACGAGCCAGCAGUAAUUUUACGAGUAGGCUUCCUGCAAAUUUCCCUUGAUGAAAUCCCAAGACAUAGCCAGUUGUUUUUGUGAGCAAAGACAAUAAAUAUGAAAGAAAAGUGAGAUGCAAAUGUGUGAUAAUGCAAGCAAGAGAAUGAAAAUCCAAAUGAAGAAAAAGGGGAAAACAUAGGAACCCGUGUUGCAGCGUGCAGAUAUCUUUUGAGCCAGACCUACACACCUAAGCCCGACACCACCCAGAGAAACUCAAAAGAGUGCUGUAUAUGAACUAGCUCGCACGUGCACGCAGGAAAGGCCAUGACAAUCAGGGAAAAUAAUAGAAAAUGCAAAUGAUAUUUGAAGUCAAAAAACAGGAAAAUAAGAUAACAGAAGGAUUAAGAACUUUCUAGAAGUGUCUUCUUGAAAAAAAAAGAUGAACAAUUUUUACUUCUCAUGAAAGGUCACGCAGUAACCCUACAAAUACUACAACUACAAUACUAUACGUGGAAUUUCUUGAUGAUGGAAAGUGGAGAAAAACAUUUUCCAGUCUUAUUUUCUGGAAAAAUGACGUAGUUAAUGAAUUUAUGGGGCUACUGGUACUGGCUCCCACCAAAUAAGGGGGGCAGAGUUUCCCGUCAUUCGCGGUAUGGAAAAGCCGAAGUUGUUACACUCGGGAACUUGUACGUCAACAAGGAGGCGACAUGUGACUUUAAAAUCUCCUCUCCUGUUACAGUUUCCUUAUUGUAAACUGUGCGAUAAUAAUAAUAGACGAUCAAAGUAUAGGCUAAUGAAUGUUUUGUUCUGUACAAGAGCCCUAUAUCCUGAUUUUAACAAAUCUUCAAAGUAAUAAACGACUGAAGAAAGAAACGUUACGAUUUUCCCAUUGAUUUUUCGUCUACAUGCAUCUCUCUAAACGUGAAAUUUUCCAUUCCUACAAAAAAUCCCGAAAGUUUUCCCAUUUUUUACCUUUCUUGAUCAAUCAUCUUGUAUAAAGAGCUAAAAAAUGUAGGUUUAUUUUGUCAAGUGACCGCCCAGAGCAAGAAUUGCGUGAUAGGUGUAGUUGAGAGAAACUUGUCACAGUCGCAGAUUUUAAAAGAUAUCCAAGACAAUACGGUAGUGACCAAAGAUUUUUUCGAUGAUUUUCAGAGAUGAAAUGAUGGGUUAUAAAGGGUAAUUAACAGUUCGGGCCAUAACCAUUUCUGGAUAUCGGUUUCGAGCUUUGUGAUUGGGUGAGAUCAAAACCAAAACAAAGCAAAUUUGGCCGAGAGGUGCUGGAAACAAGAAGAAGCUGAUUUUUUUUUUUUUUUUUUUUUGGCGGCGGCCAUGUUGUAAUGCGGUAGUAAGCUGAAACAAAAUUCGCUAAUAAGGACUGGACGUAAGAUACCAUUAAAAAUAUUCGUUUAUUUCAAACAUUCAACAUGCAUGUCCUCGACCUUCUCGCAUUCUGGAAGAGUAAAGCGGAUUAUUUCUAGCACAAAUUACAAUUAAAUUACCUUACACCAAGAGCGUCACAGGAGUAAAAGCUCUUCCGCCAGCCUGUUUGUAUCUGGAGAACUUCUGGGUAGAGCUUGGCCUCGAUGUUACUGUCCGUUCUCCGUUGAUUUCCCUAUUUUGGGUUACAAGAAAACCAAUUAAAUAAGGUUGAACCAAUUAACGCGCACUGAUAACAAUUGGGACGAGAGAGGUGUGAGAUCGCGGAAUCGGGACAAUUUCAUUUCUCUCCAGUAUAGGUCGAGGAAAGACAAUAUCUUGCUUCUCUCCGAUUUUUAAAUAGACAUUAUCAAUUUCAGUCCAUCAAGCCUUUACGAAAAAGUAACAGAAAAGCAAGAAAACAGUAACUUACCCUUCAAUUCCUGGUUAUUUUGCCACAUCGAAGCAAAGCAUGCAGCUGUAUGUUUAGAAAGUGCUGAACCGUGCCGAUCUGCUGCCCUUUGACAUCUCCUAAAGUGCAUGUCUUUCUCUGCGAUUUGCUGAAAAUCUGGACUUCUCGUAGAGCCUCUGGAAUGCGUUCCGUUUCUCGUGGAAGAAGACAAGCCAGUGCAUGCGAGUCAGACGUGUUGUCGUCUUCACUUUGAAUAACAAGCGGUGUUCCACGUGGAGCUUUGAUCUUGAAAUUAUGAUACCUGGAAAAUAAACGCCAAUAAAUACAUGAGAGGGAUAAAAUAAAAUCAAGAAGUCAUAAUCUAUAUUAAGACGAAUACACAUGAUCGAAUUCAAUGCAAGAGAAUCAUACAAGGUACUUUGCGCGCUAUUGAUCGAUUCGCGGGAGAAUUUAGGUCUCAGAACGAGUUUCACAAUUUCAGACAAGUCCCUUGUGGUUUUAGACGAAAAUUUCACUCUCAUCAGUUCGUGUAGCUAAACUCCAACCUUUGUUUCCGGAAUGCUGUAAUAGAGACACUUCGGCAAGGCUUGGUAAAGUUUCCGCACAGCCCCAUACUAUUGUAAAACAAAUCUGUUUUCCCAACGGAAAUGUAUUGUUUUUGUCAUUGUUUUCUCUGUUCAAGAACUGAAUGCAUAAUGUAGGAUGGGGCUGUGCGGAAAUUUUACCCAAGGCUUUCCACCAAUGUGAUUUCUUUAUUUUCAUCUUCAUGCCGCUCUUAUCGCACAUUUCCCGGAUACGAUACCUGAAGAUGUGAGAGCUCAGUGAACGAAUACCUCUUUGUUUUAUGUUUGCCCGAAGGAGAACUUACUCGCUGAAUAAUCACAUUUAUGUGUUAGAUCCGUGGUUUCCUGAAAUUAUUUUUUAGUGUGCAUUCGCCUUGGCAGAAUGAAUCUCUCUGAUGUCAAGAUCGACAUUGAUUCGAAAUUUCAUCCAGAGCUCGGAUUUAAAAGAUUCUUUGUUUGUAGCACUGACCCAGGUCCGUGGCAGAUUUGUGCCACAAAGACGACAAAGUGUCUCGAGAUACUGAAUGUGUUCAUCCAUGCUGUUGGCUUGAUCUGUAAUUCACAAUGUAGGCUUAUAAAGGUCCGAUAAAUAAUUGUCCUUUUACUUUAAAUUGGCCUGUCACAACGUAUGGUUAAAAUUUAUGGUUUACGCGAUACUCCUAUGGAUCUGAACAAAGGAAUCCGUCUGGUAGUUUGCACACUAACAGACUUUCAACAUUCGUGCACUCGAGCAGAAACCUCGUGCACUCGAUUGGAAUUUUGACAAAUUGGAAGGAAAUUUAUUCUAGUUUUUUAAAAGAUUUUUUUUAGGAAUCAAAAAAAAUGUUGCAUACCUGAAAACCUCAACUAAAUAGAGGUUAUUCCUCGAUCGAGCCCUUCGCAACAUGGACCUCCACCCGACUUUUCAUCUGAAUUUUUCCUUCUCGUCAUCGCGACCACCAUCAGUUCUUUCCUUGUUGUGUGUAAUUGCUUGUCUUCUGUAAUUUUGCAAGGUUUCAUGGGAUAUGGGUAGGGAACUAAGUUGCUAGGGCUCGAAUAAAGUAAUGAGUGAGUUUCCUCGAUGUCCCACUACGACAUCCAUGUUGGUGACGUCAUCAAGUAUCCAGAAAUGGUUAUGCCCCGGAAUGAUUAAGAUUAGUGUCGUAGCUUUCUGGCAACGGGAGAUAUUUGACCUCAAAGUUGUCAAAUACUUGGAUGAAUCGAAUCUAAAACACAGUUGUAUAUUUGCCUCUGUUGAUUGACAAGCCGUAGAUCAAAGUGACUGAUACUCGCGCCGCCUAUUAACUGAAGAUGUAAAAAUAUGUGUGCAAACCCUCAGAGUAAUCGGUUAAAUACCAUCGCAGUGAGAGCUUCAUACACUUUAUUUAGUUGAAGCGAUUUCCUUGGUGAAAACGAAGAAAAACCGGGGGGUUGGUCUAUCUCCCUCCGGAAAAACUAAAACAGAAACCAGUCUUUUUUUUUUAGUUUUGGGUAGACCCUUUAAAUUGGCAAAGUUUCACUGAAAUCGGUGGGAUGGCACGUAGCACGACUGCUGGUGUUCUCGUGGACACGCUCUUAAGUCACUAUCUGGCUGUUUUAAAAAGAAGCAUCAGGACUUAACUAACUCUUAGUGUUUUUGUGGGAGUUGUUGAUCCCAAUUUAAAUGUUCUUGGAAGUUUUAGUUGUCUUUAAAGCUAAAUAAAUCUAACUGAAACCUAAUAGGGCCUGUUUAUUCUUUUCCGUCUAGUUUCUUUGUUUUGUCUUUUUUUCUUCUGGUCUGUAAUGAUUUCAAUGGUUUCAGGUUCUUUUCUCAGAAUUGAGCUACAUUAAUAGUAUGCUUCUUUGUGUUGUUGCCUACAGGAGCCACUGCUUGUGUUGAAUUGAAGAGAUUUGAAGAAGCAAUCACUUGGUGUGAUAAGGGACUAGCUGUAUCCUUUGAAGGAAUAUUUCAUUUUUAA